UAUGCACAUAAGAAAAUGCAUACAAUAAGAUUUGAAGUACUGCCAGGAAAACCGUUACAAAGCCAGACUACAGUUCCCCGUGCGUCUGGUCGGUGCAUCCCCACCACUAUUGCACUAGCCAAUCAGCGUUCCGCGUGUGGGGCUGGAUACCCAUAUAAGCGCGACGCUCAAGGCACAGCCAUCACAUCGCUAGUGUUCACUGCAUUGUACGGACGUCAUUUGUUCGAGAUGGCACGAACCAAGCAGACUGCUCGCAAAUCUACCGGAGGCAAGGCCCCGCGUAAACAACUGGCUACGAAAGCGGCGCGUAAAAGCGCUCCAGCGACCGGUGGUGUCAAGAAGCCUCAUCGUUAUCGUCCCGGAACUGUUGCGCUUCGUGAGAUCCGUCGCUACCAGAAGAGCACGGAGCUUUUGAUCCGCAAACUUCCAUUCCAGCGACUGGUCCGUGAAAUUGCUCAGGACUUCAAGACCGAUCUUCGUUUCCAGAGCUCUGCUGUCAUGGCUCUCCAGGAAGCUAGCGAAGCUUACCUCGUUGGAUUGUUUGAGGAUACCAACCUUUGCGCGAUUCACGCCAAGAGGGUUACCAUCAUGCCCAAGGACAUCCAGUUGGCUCGCAGAAUUCGCGGCGAACGUGCUUAAGUGCCUUUCCUUCUUUUCAAUCGGCCCUUUUCAGGGCCAAAAAUUUUCUUACGAUGGAAUAUUUCAUACGUUUGCAAUGUAUUUUCUAAUUUAUAAACCAAUCUCAUUUA